UCACUGAUACAAUCAACAUAGGAACCAUGGGACUUCUUACCUUUAUUGCUGUCACAGCAGCUGGAGCAGGGGGAGCGGUGGUUUUGGCUCCAGUUGUCCUAGGAGCUGUAGGGUUUACCGCCGCUGGCAUCGCCGCAAACUCCCUUGCAGCCGGCAUGAUGGCAUCGGCAGCCUCUGCAAGUGGUGGCGGUGUGUUGGCUGGAAGCACCGUUGCCGUUCUGCAGUCGGCAGGUGCAGCAGGGUUAGCUGGGUCUACAGCCGCAGUGGUGGCUGGUGUUGGAGGAACAGUGGGAUGGCUCACCGCUGCAGCAGCUGCACCCAUCUGA